AUGGCCAGAAAUUGCAACAAUAAGUUCGGUUUGAUCAUUCUUGGAAAUAGUGGUGUUGGAAAAAGUUUCUUAGCUAAUAUUUUACUUGGCAGAGAAGCAUUUAAACAUGAAUUUUCUGGUCAAUCUGUUACACACCGAACAGAAUAUCAAGAGAUUACAAUUGAUAAUAGUGACUACGCCAUCUUUAAUAUUCCCGGCUUGAUUGAAGCCGAUCAGAGUCGUGUCAACAUCAACAAACGUGAAAUCGAUUAUGCAUUUCAACAGCGACCAAACUCGCUUAUUAUCUACGUAUUUGGACACCAAUUCGGCCGCAUACGUAACGAAGAUGUUGUUGCAUUUAAUGCCAUUAACGAAGCAUAUCCAUUAAAUCCGGAGUCACUCUUAAUGGUAGUCAAUGCAUUACCAGCAGAACGGCCAAAGAAUUAUGAAGGUGAAGUAAUACUCAUGGUACAAGAUAUUAUUGGAAGACAAGUUUCGGAAAGAAGAAUGUGCUUUCUAAAUCACAUCAAUCCACAAAACAUCGAAGAACGAGUAGCGUUAAGAAAUCAAUUUCUAGGUGCUAUCUUUGAGCUGUCGCCCAGAGAACAUAGAAAAGAACAUGACAUUCAUUUACAAGCUGACGAAGUCGCGAUGCUCAAACAACAGAUCCAAAAUAUGAAAGACGCAUUUGAUCAAAAUAAAACUGAAUUCCAAAAUGAAAUUCGUAUUCAGCAACUACGAUAUGAUGAUCUCGUUAUUCAACAGAAAAUGGAGAACGAGCGUUUUCAGCGUAUUAUUGAUCAACAAGCUGAGGAAGCAACAGCAAUGAGAGAAAGACAGACGGAACAAGUCCGGCAGAUGCAAGAGCGUCUAGUACGAAUGCAAGCGGACCAUCAGACUAUGAUACAAGAAAUGACGAACAAAAACAAUGCCGAUACUGCAUUGAUUCGACAAGCGUUAGAACAAUCGAAGCAAGCGCAAGCACAACUGAGGCAACAAAUAACGGAUCUUACGAAUCGGUCACCGCAAGUCGUAUAUCGGACGGCGGAGGGAGGAGGAGGGAAGCAAAAAUGCACUAUAUUAUGA